AUGUCUGACAGUGAAGAUUCUCCAUUAGCGAAACGACAUAAAUCAGAAAUAACAAGUGAUCUUGAAAUAUCACCAAUACUGUUAGAUCCAUAUCAAGAAAAUUCAAUUCAAGAUACAAAAAUUUUUAAUGAUCCUAUUCAUGGUUCAAUCGAAUUACAUUGGUUACUUGUUAAAUUAAUUGAUACACCAGAAUUUCAAAGACUUCGACGUCUUAAACAACUUGGAGCAUCAUAUUAUGUAUUUCCUGGUGCAUGUCAUCAACGAUUUGAACAUUCACUUGGAACAUGUUAUCUUGCUGGGGAAUUAUUGAUGCAUCUUCGUCAAAAACAACCGGAAUUGAAUAUAACAGAUAAAGAUACUUUAUGUGUUCAAAUGGCUGCUCUUUGUCAUGAUCUUGGUCAUGGCCCAUUUUCUCAUAUGUUCGAAGAUGUUAUUGCAGAAAUUCGACCACAAUUACGUUGGAAACAUGAAUAUGCUUCAGUUCAAAUGUUUAAUUAUAUGAUUGAAAAAAAUAAUUUAAAGCCAUUUUUUGAACAAGUUGGUCUCAAUGAGAUCGAUAUUAUUUUUGUAAAUGAACUUAUUUUCAGUGAAUUAAAUGAACAAGAAAGUAAUCAGAUUUGGCCAUACAAAGGUCGAGAUAUAAGCAAAUCAUUUCUUUACGAGAUUGUAUCUAACAAAUUAACUGGUAUUGAUGUUGAUAAAUUUGAUUAUUUUGCACGUGAUUCAUAUUAUUUGGGAACGAAAAUCUCAUUUGAACAUAUGCGUUUUAUUAAAUUCUAUCGAGUAAUUAAAGUUCAUAAUGGUAGACGUCAUUUAUGUUUACGUGAUAAAGAAGUUAAAGCUUGUUAUGAAAUUUAUCGAAUUCGUGAUGAUCUUCAUCGACGUGCCUAUCAACAUCCGGUUGUCAAAGGAAUUGAAUUAAUUGCCACAUCGAAAGAAANUUUAUGUUUACGUGAUAAAGAAGUUAAAGCUUGUUAUGAUAUUUAUCGAAUUCGUGAUGAUCUUCAUCGACGUGCUUAUCAACAUCCAGUUGUCAAAGGAAUUGAAUUAAUGUUUAAAGAAGCAUUAAUUGCCGCUAAUGAUUAUUUACUCUUUUCCAAUGCAGCAGGACGAUGUGAUACUCGUCUUGCUCAAACCGUUGAUGAUAUGUAUACAUUCAGUCAAGUUGAUGAUCAUAUAAUAACAUUAAUAAAACAUUCACAUCAUCCAAAUAUGUCUAAAGCAAAAGAAAUCAUUAGAAAAAUUGAACGUCGAGAAAUUUAUCGAUAUCUUGGAAAUACACAUGUUAAAUUUACCACGGAUUUAAAACAGAAACCAAGCAAGAAUACUUGUCAAGAUAUUAUCAAAUAUUGUCAAUUUGAUGGAAGUAUAUUGAAUAUUACACCAAAUGAUCUUGUUAUACAGACAGUUGAAUUAACGUGUGGUGAUCGAGGUGAGGAUCCAAUUCAAAAUAUGUGGUUUUAUACAAAAAUUUGUCCGAACACAGCAACAAAGAUAUUAAAAGAACAGGUUUCUACACUUUUACCACAAACAUUUCGUGAACAUGAUAUUCGUCUUUAUUGUAAAAUUCGUGAUCAAACUGAUUGUUCAAUUGUUCGUUGUGGUUUUAAAGAAUAUUGCAUUGCAAAAGGAUAUCCAAUACCCAAGGGUAGUGAUCAAUGGAUAUUGGUGUUAUCAAACAAUGAACAAAGACUUACAUCAUCAUCGAAUAUUGUUGAUGCACAACAUUUUAAUUUGAAAAAAAAUAUUACAUUAUAG